AUGAGUUAGAUAGGUUAUGAUAUUGUUAAGUCUGAGAUCCCGAAGUCUUAGAAUCACUCCUAUUGCCAUUCAACUGGUACUCAAGUGAGAAAAUAUUAAUUAUAAUCAGAGAAUAAAUGGUAAAUUGAUUUAGAGGAUUUGAAGAGCGAUUUUUUAUAUGUUAUAAAUCCUUCGAAUCCUUGUGGAUCAGUAUUUUCAAAGGAACAUGUUUAGGAAAUUAUAGAUUGGGCGAAUUAGAAUAGGGUUUUAAUAGUUGCUGAUGAAAUUUACUAUGGUAUGUCAUUUGGGGAAUUUGGACCCAUAAUACGUUUGGGAGAAAUGGACAAGAUGUUCUUUACACCUGUUUGGUAAAUAUCAUGGAUGAUUUUUUAUGAUAAAAAUCACUAUGCUGUUGAAAUCAAAUAGGCAAUGUACAAUAUAUGUCAGUUUUUAUUGUAUGCCAAUGUAUUCGUAAUUAAUUCUCUACCUUAAAUACUUGAUUAAUUGACAAUAUUUUAUGCUAGAGACAGAAUGACGCAUUUUAAGGAGAAUCAUGAUUUUUUAAUCUAAGAAUUAGAUCAAAUUAGAGGUUUAAAAUGCAUUCCAGCUUAAGGAACAUUUUAUUUAACUGUUCUUAUUGAUUUGGAGGUGUUUUAAGUUAAAAGUGAUACAGAAUUUGCCAAGAAGUUACUUGGGGAGGAAAACAUAAUUUUGUUACCCUUGUCUUGGAAUGGCACUGAGAAGUAUCAAGGGUUUAGAAUGCUGACGAUAGCAACUAAGGAUGUGUAUGUAGAGAUGAUUGGAAGAUUGAAGGAGUUUGUAAAAAGAUUGUGA